UUAAAUUUGACAGUAACGAACGGGAAAUAAAGGCACGCACUUUAAACCAUAUCAAUACAAGUGUUAUUAAAUUAAGUAUUUAGAAUAAAGAAGUUAUUUUCUGCACACAUGGCACACAAAAUGGAUUAUAAAAGUAACAAAGUAUUACCAAAACCUGGUGAUCCCAAACUACCUACGAUAAUGAGACAUUUACAAAUGGAUUACGGGAGAUAUAAAUUCACCGUUUAUCGUUGUGCAUCCAAAUUUGUUGCGCUGCAAAAAUUGCUUUUCACUGCAAAUAUACCUUAUAAGUUAGUUUUAGCAGUUUUGGAAAGGCAUGGUAUACGUGAAGCCCACAGUAGUUUAAUGGUGCCGCCAUUUCAACUGACCUCACUCAUACGUGAUAUAUACUUUGCUUGUGAAAAAUUAGGACAUUUUACAAAAUUUGCUACGUACAACUUGGAAUCAGCAACAUCUGUACUAUCAAAUUAUUUUUGGGAUAUAUUUGAUCCGAGACGAAGGCAUUCAGUUUCUUUAUUGGAAAUAAAAAUGACAUUGCUUUUAUUAUGUAAAUUUCACUUAUCUGAACAGUUCAUUGAAGAAUUUUUUAAUUUGGUCAAAGAUGAGAAAACUAACUGCGUAUCCAUAUUAAGUUUUGCUACAUUACUUAAUAUUUUAAUAAAAAUAUUUACUUAUAUUGGUGAAGGUAAUGGAUAUGGAAAUCACAACAUCAAAAAGGUUUUGGAUCAAUGUUAUGAAAGGUGCCACAACUCAGCUGGUCUUACAUUAUAUCAAUUUCAUUGCUUAUGGACAAAGACGCAGACACGUUUUCUGAUAUACGCAAAUUUAAUUGCUUUAAUUAAACGUAUUGAGGAUACCGAGAAAUUAAUACAUAACAAUAUUUGUGCUUCAUGUCAUACCGAGAAAAUUGUAGGUAUCCGAUUUAAAUGCCAAAUAUGUAAGAAUUUGUCUUUGUGUUUAAAAUGUUUUGCAACUGGAUACGCAACUAAUAAACACGAAAUAGGCCAUCGUAUGUUCGAGGUAUUCAGUGAGGACUUACCACCAAAAAAAUAUUCGAAUUUUUUUGCAAAAUUAUGUAAUAUGUUUUUUUCAAAUAAUAACGAAGAAAGUAAAGGUUUUUGUAAUGAUAAUGAAAUGGGCACUGAAAUGGCAACGUUACCAAUGAAUCACCAUACAUAUAAUAUGCCACAAUCAGCUCCAGGAGCAGAGAAGUUGGCUGAUUCAAAAAAGGAGUUACCGCAAAAAGCACAAGAUGAAAAUAAAUUAGAUGAAAUCAAUAAAUUAGAGCCAUCCAUAGCUGGCUUAACAACAGUGGCAAUUAGCACAUCCGAAAGAUUGCAAACAUUGAUUAAUAAAUUAGACGAACAAAAUAUCAAAUUGGAAUUACAAUUAAAAUCUGUUAAAACAGCGACAAAUGAAGAAAUUUCCGAAUUUCUAAAUGCACAUCACAUAUUUUUAGUUGAUAUAAUAAAUGAAAUGAGAAAUUUUUCGAACGCUGAUAUUUCGAACGCAUUCCCAAGUUCUAGUACACCAAAUCGUUCAACUAACAGUUUUGUCAAUAAAGCAACUGCAGUGGAUGAUGCUGACAAUCUAACUCAUUCAAUAAAUGGUGCAGAUCUAAAUCGCAGUUACUUAGAUGCUAAUAAGUCGGAUUACUCUCUUAAAGAUUUAAGUUUAUGGUUUAACCAAAGAAGAACAUCUUUAACUACACAUACAGCAUAUCCAGCAUUAAGUAUUUUACCUGACGCAAAUACUGACGAUAUACGAGACACAGAAAUGAACAACUUUAAGCAGCUGCUUAGUAAAGUAAAGGAAAUAGUUGACGAUUCAUAUAGCGAUAAUACAGAAUUAGCAGCAGCAACUCAAAAUUUGGAAAAUGUUUUAGACAGUAUUAUUAAAGGUGAAGAAAGUCGUAGGUGCAGCACUUAAAUGUAUCUACUCUUAUUAGGAAAUUAUAUAGUAGUAAGUAAUUUUAUAUUGUAAAUGUUUUAAUGUUUAAACAUAUAUUAAAGUAAAAAAAAAUUCUAUAUAAUAUUUAUAUACAAUAAAUUUUAUUUAUAUUUCAUAUAUUAAUGCAUGCAAGAAUUGUACUGACUAAGUUUAGUGUGUACAUAUAAAAUAAUAUAAUUAUUAAACAUUUAGAUACAUAGAAUUGAAAAGUUAUAUUUCUAUAAAUAGGCGAAUUAACUACAAAGUUGUGACGUUUAAGUUAAUAUUUGUAAAAUAGUAAGGAAAUUAAGUUACUUUUAUCAAUUAAUUACCACUAUAGUUCAUUUGUAUGACCAGAAAUAUAUAUUUUAUGUAUAUGCACGCUUAAUGGUGCAGUUGACUACAACUAUAGAUGACUUUAUAGUCGAAAUAUAAAUCAAUUAUAUUAACAAUAAUCAUAAGUAUUUUACUAAACUAACCCAUCAGCUUGUAUAUACAUGAAAUUAGAUACAUUUAGUAAUUGUAUUUAUUAAAGAAAAC